AUGGCUAAGAGGAAGAGCCAAGGGCGCAGGAAAUCACAUGUUGUUGGGAGCUCCCAUGAUGCCACGGAGGAUGUUGAGGAUCGCCACACAGCCCCGGAUGAUGUUGAGGAUCGCCACAGACGGCUGCAUGCUUCUUUUCGUAGAGUCAGAGGCAGAUUUGGUGAGGACCAGGAUGUUGGUGGGACACCAAAUGAGGAGCGUCGAGACCCUUGUGAGAUGAUUCCUGAGCCUUCUCGUCAGACGACUCCCGAGCCUUCUCCGCCUUCUCGUCAGACGACCCCCGAGCCUUCUCCGCCUUCUCGUCAGAUGACUCCUCAGAGUUCGGCAGAGAGUGAGCAUGAGGUUGAUGUGGAGCAUGAGGCUGAUGUGGAGCUUCAGGUUGAUGUGGAGCCUGAGGUUGGUGUGGAGCUUGAGGGUGAUGCUGGAGCACGACGGGAUGAGGUGCCAGUCCAGACAGAGGCACCGUUUCCAGGGGGGCCUGAUGAUCUGUCCCUUUUGGUCCGUUACCCACAUCACGUUGCGCCGUGUCUGUGGCAUCAUAUUAUAGGCACCGACCCGCGUUACCCCGAUAGAGGUGUGUUGAAGUUUGCCAGCGCUGGGAUGAAGCUGGCAAAGCUGACAUGUGAGGGCGAGAGAGACGAUAUGAGCGUUGUUCGUCAGCGUGUGGAGGGGACCGGACUCUAUCCGCUCUUCAGUUGCACCUAUCCGGAGAUAGACACACCCCUUCUAUCUGCCCUCGUCGAGAGAUGGCAUGAGGAUACCAGCAGCUUUCACAUGCCAUUCGGGGAGAUGACCAUCACCCUGGAUGACGUGUCAUCUAUACUUCACUUGCCGAUGGGUGAUAGGUUUCAUACUCCCGGACAGGCCAGCAGAGAACAGGCAGCGGAGACCUGUGUUCUGCUCUUAGGAGGGGUAGCCACGGACUACAUCAUGGAGUUUAAGGCGGUGAAGACCAUUGGCUUGCGGUUCGGGUUCUUGCAGACUCUUUACACUAGGGCUCUUACUGAGCAUCGGCAUGACCAUGCAGCACGGAUGUGGCUACUUCACCUCCUCGGCUCGACCUUGUUUGCGAACAAGAGUGGAGGACACUACACUUCUGUCCAUUGGAUCGGCAUGCUGCAGCACCUUGAUCGGGUGUCAGAGUAUGCAUGGGGCGCCAUUGCACUAGCUACACUGUAUGAUGCACUUGGUCAUGCCUCACGGAGGAAGACCAAGCAGAUGAGCGGUUGUUCUUCCCUCCUGGUAGCUUGGGUGUUUGAGCACUUCCCACCCACCAUUAUUCAGCGGAUUGAGGUCCCCGAGUACACGGAGGAGCAGCCCAGAGCGUGCAGGUGGAUGGAGUCACGGGCUGGGCAUGCAGGACUGAUGGAGAGGCGAGUUCUCUUCGAUGAGAUGACGGCAGAGGACGUCAUAUGGACACCGUAUAAGGAGCACAGGAGUCACAGAGAGCUGGACGUCCGAGCUUUAUACUCAGGCUACAUCCGGACUCCCAUCCGGGCGGCCGUGCGACCUCAUCUUCCUGAGCGUGUGAUGCGGCAGUUUGGCAUACCUGAAUUAUGA